AAAAUAGGAAAAAAUUUUCCAACAUACUACAAAUAAAAAACACCACAUAAAUUAAUAUAAAAUUGUGCAAAAAAACCAAAACAUUCUAUAAAAAUUUUAUAAUUUUAAAACACUAACAAAAAUGAGGAACAAAAAACCCAGAGAAAACUGUGUAAAAGAAAUGAAACGUGGUUAGGCGAUGGAAAAUUAUAAUUAAAAAGAAAAAAAGUUUACAAAGAAAGAAAAAAAAAUUAUUAAUAAAAAAGUGACAAGUGAAAUAUAUAAUUGAGUGAAGUUUUAGAAAAAAAGAAAAAAAUAUUUAUAAAUAUUUUUCCCCAAAAAAAUCGAUUUAGAAAAUCGUAAAAAUUGUGAUUUACGAUAAAUCCAAUAUUUAAAAAAAAUCUAAAAUUAACCUAACAACCAACCAAGUGCUGGCAUAGUUUUAAGCAAGAAUUAAAACAAAUCUACAUAAAUAAAUUUCAUCAACUUUGACAUUGAUUUCCUGGAGAAAUUAAGGAUAUUUUUUAUUUAAGUAACAAUUUUUCAUAUUACACCAAAUAUAAAUACCACGACCUGUCUGUAAAAGCGGACAAACAAAGACUACUACAUAAAUUUGUAUUUAUUUCAAAUAUUAUAACAAUUUAAAUCAUUAGUAAAUCGCAAAAAAUAUAUAUAAAACACAAACUAAAUUAACAAAUCCAUCAGCUCAAUCACAUCUACAACAACUAAAACAAACAAAAGAAAAGAAAAACCAACAAACAAGCAUCAAUAUGAAAUAUACAACAAAUACAAUUGAAAACCAAACCAAUACUACAAAUGCCAAUAACAACAUUAAUUUAGUGACCUCAUCAUCAACAUCCUCAUCUUCGUCAUCGUCAGCAUCUUCCACCUCAUCAUGCCUGUCCACAGCAUCAACGACCAAUGGUGGUGGUGUUAACAACAACAAUAACAACACCACAAAUACCACCGGGAAUGCAUUAUUCUGUGAACAGGUUAAUACGGUAACAAAUCUCUUCGAGAAAUGGAAUGAUUGUGAACGUACCGUUGUUAUGUAUGCUUUACUUAAACGUUUACGUUAUCCAAGCCUAAAAUUUCUUCAAUAUUCCAUUGAUAAUACUUUGACACAGAAUAUGGGUUCAACAUCCAAUCUAAGCACCGUUGUUGUAGAUAUGAAUGCCAACAAUCCAUCGUAUUUGCAAAAUCUCUUAAAUGCCUAUAAGACAUUUCAUUUGGGCGAUUUAGUCGAUACUCUCUCAUCAUCGUCCUCUGACAAAGAUUCAAUGCCUUGCUAUGGAUCUGAUUUUCAAAUAACACAUUGCGAUGAACGCAAAUUGUAUAGUAAGAAAGAGGAUAUUUUACAUGAGGUAUUGAAUAUGUUACCUCUACUCAAGCCGGGAAAUGAUGAAGCUAAAAUGAUUUAUCUAUCGUUGAUACCAUUGGCCGUUAAGGAUACGAUACGACAAAUUGUACCCACUGAGUUGGUGCAACAGAUAUUUUCGUAUAUGCUUAUACAUCCAGCGGUGUCGAGUGAUGAUCGCAGAAACCUUAACGUUUGGCUGCGCCAUUUAGAGGAUCAUCUUCAAAACUUUAACAACUGUCCACCGCUCAAUAUGAGUGGUGGUAGCGGCGGUAUGCCAGCAACACACACAAACUAUAUGCAAAAUCAAAAUAGUCUUGUGGGUGGACUCUUGCUAGAUAAUCCAACAAUGACAACAUCAGGUUCAUCAGUAACAUCCUCAUCAUCGUCUGCAAUGUCAAUAUCUUCGACAGCCUCCAAUGUUUCGGUAUCCUCAUCAUCAUUUGGCAACUUGACACAGAAUUGUAAUGCAUCUACAAUUUCUAACAACUCAAUGAUGGGAUCACGCAAUAAUGAUUGGCAAACUAUACAGCCGCCAAGUAGACAACAGCAACAACAACAGCAGCAAACACAAUUGACUAAAUCUGCUUUAGGUUCGGAUUGGUCUUCGCUUGUGGUUAAACCCAAUACAGUGAUUAAUAAUACAAGUGUUAAUGUUGUUAAUGCCGGAACUAAUAAUAGUGGUGGUGUUGUUGGUGGCAUGGUAGUUGGUACAACUAUUGCCGAUCAACUCUGUGAUAAUUUGAAUGGUAUUACACUGAAUGAUUUAGCCUCUAGUCAAAAUAGUUUAGGUAUCAACAUUGUUGGCGCCAACAUUGUAGAUUCGCUGGCUACGGUCGACAAUAACAGUUCUUCGCUUGUCAAUGGUGUGGCAGCAGCAGCUGCCUCUGCUACAGCCGCUGCCGUUACAUCUGUAGCUACAACACCAAAUAUUUUUGGACCACAAACAAAUCCAAUUAUUAACAUAAUUAAUAAUAACAACAAUUGUAGUGGUCAGCUAAAUGGUAUCGAUGAUCAUGACACUUCAUUCUCAAAGAAUGGUACAGAAAUCUUAGAUUUUGAUCCAAAUACAAAUAAUAUGCAGAACUGCGAUAGUUGCAGUAACAGUAGCAGCAGUAAUGUAGGACAAAUGCAGUCACACCAACAAAUGGGCUAUGCCUCUAUAUUGAUGAGCAAUUGUGCCGAUCACUUGGAUAUAAAUCGCUGGACUUUGGAUAGUAAAUUUGCUGCUUUAAAGACCCGACGUUCUAAUAGUCUUACCACUCAAACGAUUUCCUCCUCGGCUUCUUCCUCCAAUUCGUCGGUUAUUACCGUCAACGACAACUGUUCCAAUUCAACCGAAAAUUUAGCACAAUUUGCCAAUAAACCACGUAGUUUUUCACUUUCCAUUGAACAUCAUCGCGGUUCGUUAACAAAUAGCGGUUCUGAUACCCGUCUAGAUGACUUCAAACCAAAUUAUAUAAAAUUCCAAACACGCAAUGUUGGCAUGUCCAGCAUUGGUUUAUGGUUGAAAUCGCUACGUCUUCAUAAAUACAUCGAACUCUUUAAGAAUAUGACCUAUGAAGAUAUGUUGCAAAUCACCGAGGAAUAUUUGCAAAGUUUAGGUGUUACCAAAGGUGCUUCCCAUAAGUUGGCAUUGUGCAUUGAAAAGUUAAAGGAACGUUCGUCGCAUUUGUCUAAAAUGGAGCAGGAAUUAAUCAAUGGUCAGCUUAAGCUGCAGGCAGCUGUUGAAGAGUUGGCUAAUAUUGUUUUGACUCCCAUGAAACCGAUUGAAUUGGUCAAUAGCAAUUGUGGUGAGGAUAAUGUGGCUUUAAUGUUUUUGAAGGUCGUCGAUUUGGUCUGCACAAUUGCUCAAAAGGAUCCCUAUGCUGUGGUUGAUGAUGAUAAUAUUAGUGUUAUUUUGUGGAUUUUAGAUCGAUCCAUACAUAACGAGGCAUUUGUUAAUCAUGUCAAUCAAUUGAAGGAUUUAAAAUUCAAACUAUCCAAAUUGAAAAUGUCAUUAACUCCGAAAAUUCAUCAUACCAAAAAUGGUAGUAAUGGAAAUUUAAAUAAACCAAGUUUUCAAUUUUCCAGGUGGAAUGGCAAAUCACGCAAAUGUGAUCAAAAGAAUGGCAGUAAUGAUCGUAUAAAUCAUCGUAAGAAUUCAAAUGAUAUGCUGAAUUUCUCUCUAAGUUGUUUGCAACAGCAGCAUCAUCAUAAUCAGCAAAUGCAGCAACAACAACAGCAGCAGCAACAACAACAACAACAACAGAUUAAUGAAUAUGAUAAAUAUCAUAAUAAUAACAAUAAUAACAACAAUAAUAAUAACAACAAUAAUCAAUAUAAAAAUUCAGCAUAUCAAAAUUAUCAACAACAACAGCAACAAAUUAAACAGCAACAACAACUGCAGCAGCAACAACAACAAUUACAACCCCAAAUGUUGCAACAAAAUACACAUUUCCCAGCUUUGCCACAACAGCAGCAACAACAACAAAAUCAGCAACAACAACAUAGACGUUCUCUUAACAAUUUAAUUGUUGUCUCUGGUGGUCCCCAACAGCCUCAGAAAAUGAUGUUUAAACCAGGUCAAGGUAUUUUAUCUAAUACAAACAUGACUAAUGAUGAUUUAAGCAUUGAUGUGAUGAAGUCAAACCAACAGCAGCAACAACAACAAUCUCGUAAAGCCAGUUUAACAUCUUUGAACAAUAGCAACAACAGCAGUAACAGUUUAAAUGCCAGCAAUUUGGAAACAUUGCAACAACAGCAGCAAUCACCUGCUGCUAAUGCAUCUUCAAUGCCAAAGAAAACCAUGGCUGCUGUCGUAAUGGUUAGUAAUGAUCUCAUGCAUACAACAGCAACACCAACAACAGUAGCAGCUACAUCAGCUGGCUCAACAACUGCUAAUGUUGCUAAUCUUGCUCCACCUCCUCCACCACCCCAAAUUCUUAUAAACAAUAAUAAUACAACACAAAACACUAACACUAAUCAUAAUAACAUGUUGCAACACCACCAUCACCAACAACAGCAGCAGCAGCAUCAUGCUCUACAACAACAGCAACAGCAAUUAAAACUUUUAGCAGCAGCUGCUGCUGCUGUUGGCAAUUCUUGUAGUCUUAAUGUUGGUAGUCUUAAUACUAACAAUUCUAAUUCUAAUAAUCUAACUGGCAUUGCUAUUGCUGGUGGUAAUAGUAGUAAUAAUAUUGUUUGCAACAACAUUUGUAGUACGAACAAUAAUAAUUGUAGCAAUAGUCAUCACCAUACUUGUGUUAAUAAUUGCUGCAGCAAUUGCAACAGUCAUCAAUUACAAAUUAAUUUAAAAUUACCUCCUCUUAAUGAAAACUAUCAACAGCAGCAUCAUCACCAUCAUUCUCCUCCCACAAUUUCAGAUGUUUUGAAAACAUCUCUAAAUCAUAAUACAGAUCCGUUAAAUGACAUAACAAGUUUAGAACAAUUGGAAACUUUGUGUCUUCAAAUGACAGAACAGGCUAUAAAUUAAUUUUAGCAAAAAAAAAAAAAAAAGAAAAA